CUUCUUUCUUCAGUUAGAAAUGGGCCCGUGGACUAGAAUGUGGCCCAUGGACAGGUAUGCUUUCUUGAAAUCCUGGCUUGUUUUUUUUCUGGGGUUGUAUGUGCAGUUUUCCAAAGCGCUGGCCUGUCCAAGUGUAUGCCGUUGCGACCGAAACUUUGUCUAUUGUAAUGAACGAAGUUUGACCUCAGUGCCUCUUGGAAUACCGGAGGGUGUAACCAUACUCUACCUCCACAAUAACCAAAUUAAUAAUGCUGGAUUUCCUACAGAACUUCACAAUGUCCAGUCUGUGCACACAGUCUACCUGUAUGGCAACCAGCUAGAUGAGUUCCCUAUGAAUCUCCCCAGGAAUGUCAGGGUUCUCCACCUGCAAGAAAACAACAUCCAGACCAUUUCUAGGGCUGCUCUGGCACAACUCUUGAAAUUGGAAGAGCUUCAUCUGGAUGAUAAUUCUAUUUCUACUGUUGGAGUUGAGGAUGGGGCAUUCCGGGAAGCUGUUAGCCUCAAGCUUCUGUUCUUAUCCAAGAAUCACUUAAGCAGUGUACCAGUUGGCCUUCCAAUGGACUUACAAGAACUACGAGUGGAUGAAAAUCGAAUUGCCAUCAUAUCAGACAUGGCCUUUCAGAAUCUCACAAGUUUGGAACGUCUUAUAGUGGAUGGUAAUCUCCUUACAAAUAAAGGAAUUGCAGAUGGCACUUUCAGCCACUUAUCCAAACUUAAGGAAUUCUCUAUAAUAAGGAAUUCAUUGACAUACCCACCUCCCGAUCUUCCAGGUACAAAUCUACUUAGGCUUUAUUUACAGGACAACCAGAUAUCAAACAUACCACUUUCAGCCUUUUCAAAUCUUCAUCACCUGGAACGACUUGAUAUUUCCAACAAUCAACUUCGGAUGCUGUCUAAAGGUGUCUUUGACAAUCUUCACAGCCUGAAGCAACUGACAGCAAGGAAUAAUCCCUGGCUAUGUGAUUGUAGUAUUAAAUGGGUUACUGAAUGGCUGAAAUUAAUUCCUUCCUCCAUCAAUGUCCGAGGAUUCAUGUGUCAGGGACCAGAACAAGUCCGAGGUAUGGCUGUCAGGGAACUCAACAUGAACAUGUUGUCAUGCCCCACAACUAUCCCAGAUGUAUCAUUUGUUACCCAUAUUCCCACAACAUCUUUGCCAACCAUGAUGGUCCCUACUUCAUCAUACUUAACCCCAAGUAACAAACAAACAAACAUUCUUCUUGCCCCUACUAUAACCACACUCCCCACUGUGCCUGAGAGGAAUGAUGAAGAAAAAAUUACCCUUCCCACUGUUGAACGAUUUCAGCUGUUUAUCCAUGUUGUGAAUGGCACUUGCAUCCAAGUGAGCUGGCAUUCCUUCUUUAAUGUGAUGGCCUACAAGCUUACUUGGGUUAAAAUGGGUCAUAGUCUGGAAGGAGGCAUUAUUCAGGAACGGAUAGUUACUGAUAAGAGGCAGAACAUCAGCUUGACAAAUUUAGAGCCCAAAUCCACAUAUCGGAUUUGUUUGGUUCCCUUGGAUGAUUUUAAUAAUUACCGCAUUGGUGAGGACACUGUGUGCUCAGAAGGCACAACGAAGGCUUCCCUAUUGAAUAAUGGAAGCAACUCAGCUUCUAGCCAUGAACAGACAACUUCUCAUAACCUUGGUUCUCCAUUUCUGUUAGCAGGCUUAAUUGGGGGGGCUGUUGUAUUUGUGCUAGUAGUUCUGCUUAGUAUCUUCUGCUGGCACAUGCACAAAAAAGGACGCUACACCUCUCAGAAGUGGAAAUACAACCGUGGGCGACGGAAAGAUGACUACUGUGAGGCAGGAACCAAGAAGGACAACUCCAUCCUGGAGAUGACAGAAACCAGCUUUCAGAUUGUCUCCUUAAAUAAUGAUCAGCUCCUUAAAGGAGAUUUCAGAUUGCAGCCUAUAUAUACCCCAAAUGGGGGCAUUAACUACACAGACUGCCACAUCCCCAACAAUAUGCGAUAUUGCAACAGCAGUGUCUCAGACCUGGAACACUGUCAUACGUGAUAGUGAGGUAUGUGGUGAGGCAAUAUUACCACAAGCAAAAACCCAGAGGGAACAAGCAAAAUUAAUCUACUCACACACAAAUCAACAAAAAUUACAUUUGAUAAAUGUUACACAAAUGCAUUUGUGCAUUUGAAUACUCUGUAAUUUAUAUGGUGUACUAUAUAAUGGGAUUUAAAAAAAAGUGCUAUCUUUUCUAUUUCAAGUUAAUUGCAAACAGUUUUGUAACUUUUUGCUUUUUAAAUCUUUAAAAUAUAUAUAAAUAUAUAUAUAAAUAUAUAUAUAUAUUGAAGAAGUACUGUACAGGGUUGUACAAUAAGAACCCAAUGCCAUGGCAAAGGAAAUACAAAACAAAAUGCCUCAUUCUUCAAACAUUCAAUACUUUGAUUUUGGAGCUGUUUGGGGGAUUUUGGCUCGUAUAUAUCCAUUAGUUUAAGAUAAGUUUGUAUUACAAGAGGAAACUUUAGGAAUGCCUAAGCAGUGUUACAUGAGAGGAAAACAAUUUAACUUCAUUGGUGAUUUUAAAAAGCGUAAUUUGUAAAAAUUAGAUUGGCCACUUUGUCUGCCUCUGUCCCUUUAGCUCCCUUUAGUCAGUGACUAAAACUAGGAACUUCCUGGAUAUCAGGCUUAACAAACCUGUAUCCUUCAUUUUGUUAAUGCUUUUUUCAAAAAAAUAUAUCACUUGUUCAUUUCUUCUCAGAAAAGCUGAUAUGGCAUUUGUUAUUAAAUUCUCAUCAAAUUGGGAAUGUUUUCUGACCAGCCUUAUAAAAAAAAUAAUAAACUGCAUCUAGACUUUGUUUUCUCCAGAAAUGCAUUUCUGAAUUCCCAGUGAAAUCACAUUAAGUCAUAAAUUUCAAAAGUUUUAUUAGCAAUCCAGAUAGACCUUUGGCAGAAUACAAUCAAUACUUACAUUCUACAGGUAGUCCUCAACUUAUAACCACAACUGAACCCAAAAUUUCAGUUGUUAAAUGAAUUUUACCCCACUUUACAACCUUUCUUGCCACUGUUCUUAAGUGAAUCACAGCAGUUGUUAAGACAGUAACAUGAUUGCUGAGUAAAUCUGGCUUCCCCAUUGACUUUGCAGUCUUGCACACCCCUUUACAAUUGCAAGACUGAUUUUGCCAAAUGCAUAACUUGCAUUAAUUCAGUUAAGGAGAAAUGUCCUUAUCUUUAUCUGGUUCCCUUGCAGAUUAUUUUGCUCAGUUUUGUACCUUUGCAAAAGGACUAGCUGGGAUUCUAAGCUGUACAGUUCUAUUAAUAUGGGAACAUGACAAAAAGAAAACCCACCCCUUUAGUGAUAGAAGAAGAAGAAUUUCCAGUGCAUCAUAUGGAAGAUCAUAUGUUAUUGCAUGGAGAACCUAGUGCAGCUCUUAGUGUUAGGCAAAGAUCCACUGAUGGUAGAUUAGUUAACUCUCCGCUCUCCCCAUAUGUAGUCUCUGCAUGAAGUUGAGGACAUGACUGAUGGUUUCAUAUACGGGCAUGAAUGGGAUAUUAGCUAGGGGAAAUGAUGUUGGCUGAAAUGAUGGAAUUGUAGUCCACUAAAUGUAGAGAGUACCAGGUUGGAGAAGGCUGGACUAUACUACCCAUAUUUGAUUUGAUUUUUUAUUUAUUUUAAUCAAUAAAUUAGUGUGGCCUUCCCUUACGCUCUUCUCUUAUUUUUUAAAUCUAAUUAAAUUCAUAUGCAGAAUACUUGAGAAUUAAGCACAAUUAUCAACUCAUUCAUUUUUUUAAAAAAAGCUACUUCUCCUCCUCCUCCACAAUCAUAUUUAUUUGAAAAAGAGGCUUAAAACUGUUUUCUAAUAAUCAGAAAUGACCUACAAAAUUAGUCAUCUCAGUAAUAUAUCCUUUAAUUAAAGGCUAACCAAAAAUCACCUUUGAAAAAAGGAUGACUUAAAGGUAUGGAAAUAAGAACCAUGGUCAGUAUGCCUAAUCUGUUAUUAAUCACAAAACACACCUAUAGCUAUAUUAAUGUGUAACAACAUUCAGAUGGAUCACGACUUUGUAAGAUAGCGGAGUCCAAUAAUUCCCUAAGGGAAUUGUUCAUUUUGCAAUCAGAUUUCAAUAAUAUCAAAAGAAUUUCCAUUGGUAUUUUAGGCAACCUGUGUGGAUACUGUAUCAGUGUAGUUGCUGAAGGUUGCUAACUAAAAGAUUGCAUAUGGUUUCAAAUGUAUAAUUUUAGCUAGGGAAUUAUUAUGGUUUUUUUCUGUUUUUGCUUUUGCUUUUGACUGAAUUAGCUGUUUGUUCACAGAAGAUAUUGUUUAAAUAUUAAGAAGACACACAGAGAUCUAUGAAAAAGAUAGGAAGAAAAGGCCCUGCAAGCAGGAUGUCAUCCAAGUGGAACAGGGGUAACUUCACAGCAGUUAAAUGAAACUAAUUCUUUGCAUAUGCAAGAUAAUGGGAUGUCCUCCAAACUGAAUUCCUUUAUAGAGCAUAAGGCUAAAUCUUAUUUCUAGCACAAAGAAUGCCUCUGAAUUUCAGUUGCUAAGAGUAACAGCUGUUAUUCUUAUUUUCUUCUAUCCAGAAUCAUGUACUUGAUGAGAAAUACAGUAUGAUGAUAGACUAAAUAGGCUUUUUCUGUCUAAUCUAAUUGUUUUCUAGUUAUGUUUUUCUAUAUCAUGAGCCUAAGCAACACACAUACACACACUAUCUUAUCAAUAAUAAAAUGGAGAGUCCAAACAGUA